AGGGGUCUAUCUAUAGUCCUAUAGUCUAUGGCGAUUUCUAAUCUAACCUUAAAUUUUAGACCGCUUCGUGUUUACAUGUUUUUAAAAAACUUUAUAUUAUUUAUUAUAAAAGAACAAAAAACUUGAUUUGAAACUCAGUUAAAUAUCACUAAUUGUUAUAAGUACACUUAGACUAAUUUUUAUUCACAUGAGUUUGAUUUUACGGUUUGCAAAAUACUCGGAAUUUUCCUUGUCUUUAUGUAAAAAAAUUGCUGAAAGAAUACCAACUACUAUCGAAAGAGUAAUGAAUAAUACUAAGAGUGAAAGAAAAUCGCGGUAUGACGGUAGGACUAAAAAACGCCAGUGGGAGGAACGUAGGUCAGAUAAAGGAGCUGGGCUGGAUCCAAGCCUUCCAAAAUUAGUUAAAACCAACGAAGCAGAGUUUCAAAAAGCUCUUAAUAAAACAAAACGAAGAAAAUUUUGCCUGCUUAUGGGGUAUUCUGGAGUGAAUUACUAUGGAAUGCAAAGAAAUCCACAUACAAAAACGAUUGAAGAAGAACUAUUCCAAGCACUGUUUGACUCAGCUUUUAUCAACAAAGAAUGCUACGAACAAGUUCAAAACAUGCAGUUUCAACGCGCUGCACGUACCGACAAAGGUGUUAGUGCAGCAAGACAAGUAGUUUCGCUAAAACUUGAUGAAAAUUUUGAUUUAAAUACAAUAAACGAAAAACUACCUGAAACGAUCAAAGUUUUUGCUUAUAAAAGGGUCACUAAAGGUUUUAAUGCUAAAUCACAGUGUGACGGUCGUACAUAUAUUUAUUUAACACCCACUGUAGUUUUUUCAAGUCAAAAAGAUCCCCCAUGCAUACAAAAAGAAUUUAAAUUAUCAAAAGAAAUAUAUGAACAAGUUAACAGACUUUUAGGUUUAUACAUAGGAACGAAAAAUUUUCAUAACUUCACCUCAAAGAAACAACCGACUGAUCCUAGUGCAAAGAGAUUUAUACGGAGUUUUAUAUGUGAAGAACCUUUCGUUAAGGAUGAUGUUGAAUUUUGCGUGUUGAAAGUCAAUGGGCAGAGUUUUAUGCUGCACCAAAUUAGGAAAAUGGUUGGAUUAGUUAUAGCAGUACUAAAGGGAAUUGCUUCGGAAGAUACUAUAACCAAGGCUUUAUCGGUGGAAAAAAUUAAUAUACCUAGAGCUCCAGGGUUAGGAUUAGUAUUAGACUAUGUCCAUUAUGAAAGGUACAAUAAUAAGUAUGGAAAUGAUGGUAUGCAUGAAAAAUUAAUGUGGGAUGAAGUUGAGAAAGAUGUACAAGAGUUUAAAGAAAAAUAUAUUUAUCCGACCAUAAUUAAUACUGAAUUGGAGAAAGAGGAAAUGGUAAAAUGGACAUUAAAGAAAUUGUCCAGGCAUUCAUAUGAUUCUGAUGAGAAAUAUGAGAGUGACGAUGAGGGUGCAGAUGAGGACGAUCUAGAUGAAAUAGAAAAAUCCAAACAACAAAAUAAUAUAUAGGAGAAAAUGUUUGGUUUUAACUUAGUGAUAAUUUAUUAUACAUAAUAUAUAAUAUUUGCAGUUUUUUAUAAUUAAAACUAAAAAGAAAAUACAAUUUAUAUAUAUAUACAUUU